CGAGCUUUAUCACUUGAUAAAGAGUAUAUUCAUAUUAAAUGAAAAUAAAAUGUGUGAACUUGACAUCAAGACACUGUUUACCAAGUGAUAACAUUUGUAAUCUGAAAGGGGUAUAACUGCAACAGCGCUCGCAUGAAUGGAAACCGCACGGACGUUGACAAUGAACAAUGUCCACCGCACCGCUCGAGUAGCUGUUGCAUGUUCGUAACUGUGCGUAGUGUACAAUAUUGUUAGUGUGUGUAACAAUCAUCAAUGAAUCGCGCAAAGUAAACAUACCACCCUUCAGUCCAGAAGCUGAAGCAGAACUGUGAGGAGAUCAGUUUGUUUUAUGAAAUCGUUCAUUGAUGAUAUCGCGUUGUCCCGUGUGGUGCUAAAUUUCAGUCGAAGAAAUCUAUCAGAAGAGCUAAAACAUCAUCGGCAUAAUGGGCGGUGAUUUGAAGGAAUUUCUACGCCAAGCAGCAAUGCAAGUUGGUGCAGGCGGCUCAGCAGGGUUUGUGGAAGUUUGCAUCAUGCAUCCAUUGGAUCUGGUCAAGACCCGGCUCCAACUGCAAGCGAAGCCUGGAACUGUAGCAGCUCAAUCUGGCACCUAUUACAAUGGAGUCUUCGAUUGUAUUCGGAAAAUGGCCAGUACAGAAGGUGUAUUUUCCUUGUACAAAGGAAUUCUUCCUCCAGUAUUGGUAGAGACUCCGAAACGAGCCGUAAAGUUUUUAACCUUUGAGCAGUACAAGCGAUUCUUCUUGUUUGGUGCAGAUAAGCCUACGCCAUUGACAUUCUCCUUAGCGGGCCUUGGUGCCGGGGUUACCGAAGCAAUUUUGGUGAAUCCUUUCGAAAUGGUUAAAGUAACCUUACAAGCCAAUAAAAACAAAGUUGGCCAGGUUCCGAGCACAUGGGCCGUAACGCGGCAGAUCAUCAACGAAUCCGGUUUUGGGCUGAACGGCUUGAACCGAGGACUGACGGCAACGAUCGGUCGGAAUGGCGUUUUCAACAUGAUCUACUUUGGGUUCUACCAUAGUGUGAAGGGCAUCCUGCCGGAGUACGAAGAUCCCGUAAAAGAGUUCCUACGGAAGGUUGGAAUCGGUUUCGUUUCCGGCACACUUGGAUCGAUUGUAAAUAUUCCGUUCGAUGUGGCCAAAUCAAGAAUUCAGGGUCCUCAACCAGUGCCUGGUCAGGUGAAGUACAAAUCCACUUUAGGUUCGAUUGCCAUUGUGUAUCGCGAGGAGGGCUUCGCAGCACUAUACAAGGGUUUGACGCCGAAAGUGAUGCGUUUGGGACCAGGUGGAGCAAUCAUGUUGGUAGUGUACGAUUACGUGUACGCUUUUCUUGAUAACUACUUUAAACAAUGACCGGAAGUUACUGCAGUUAAACUAUAGCCAACGACUUUCAAGUCAACCUCAGGGUGUUCCUUUUUGAAGUGUUAUUUGUAUAUUUAACGUUAUUUAAAACGACUGUUGACAAUCACAUCAAUUCCAAUUAUCGCCACCAAGCAUUUUUGCGAAACAUUUAAUUUAUGUCAGUUUUAUUCGUACUAUAAGCAUUUAUGUGUAAUAGAGUUUAUUCAAAGUGGAUUUUUUUAAAUAUGUUGUCCAGAUGAAAUUCAAUAUUUUACACUUACAUGAGAGAACGCAUAUUAACCUUAGCAUUGUAGCAUGUUAAAUCAAUAAGAAAAAAAUAUAUUGUUGUAAAGUGUUAUAAAUAUUCAAAUUGUUGAGCAUUUAAUUAAAAAUUUAAACAAA